GUAUGCUGGUGCUCUCUGAAACAGUCGGAUGUUGUCUUGAUGUCAAGAUGUUGCUAUUAAACCACCCGAAGACCGGUGAAAGCCUAGAGAUCAACGAGUUCUGGCUGCGGGAUCACUGUCGUUGUGGGGAGUGUCUCAAUUUGGAGACAAAUCAACGGCGCUAUGAUCUACUGGAUCUACCUGUCGAUGUCCGGGCUCUGGAGAGCAAAUAUAUAUUGGAAAAGUUCUUUGUUCAGUGGAGCGACGGCCACCAGUCAAGCUAUGACUUGGACUUCAUCUUCGAUUCGCAGCUGGAGCGGGUGAUAAGGCGUCGAUCAAAGUCCACAUCGCUGACGCCCUGGAAUCGCAGUAUAGUAUUGCAAAAUGAGCGCCAUCUGCGCUUCUCACUGCCCCAGCUGGUGGCAACUGACGAGGUGGUCAAGUCUCUGGUGGCCUCCUUGGUUCGAUACGGCAUUGUGUUCAUCGAUGACGUGGCGCCCACACCAACAAUGACGGAGCUGGCUCUGCGUUGCGUCUUUCCCCUGAUGAAGACCUUCUUCGGCGAGAUGUGGACCUUCAGCGAUAAGCAAGAUCACGCCGACACGGCUUAUACAAAGCUCUAUCUGGGCUCCCACACGGACAACACGUACUUCUGCGAUGCCGCUGGCCUGCAGGCUCUCCACUGCAUUGAACAUUCUGGCGGGACAGGUGGGGAGAACUUCUUUGUAGAUGGUCUGCAUGUGGUCCACGAGCUUCGCCGUCGCUUUCCCCCCGCCUAUGAAGUGCUGUGUCGUGUCCAGGUGCCUGGAGAGUAUAUUGAAGAGGGAGAACACCAUUGUUUCACGGCUCCCAUUAUCCGGGUGGAUCCGCUUAGUGGGGAUUUCGUUCAGCUGCGUCUCAAUGUCUACGAUCGUGGCGUAUUUGAUACUGUCCCUCAGUCAGAGAUGGCCGAUUUCUAUGACAGUCUCCGCCAGCUCUUGCAAAUUGUCCGCGAGGAGCAGCAGCAGUGGAGCCUUAAGAUGCUGCCGGGAAGCAUCGUACUCUUUGACAACUGGCGGGUGUUGCACGGUCGCCAGGCAUACACGGGACGUCGCACCAUGUCCGGGGCAUAUGUGCAGCGCACGGACUUCCUCAGCAAGGCCCGUGUCCUCGGCAUCAUCGAAUAGGAGCAACAGCUCUCCUUCCCAAUCCAUUCAAUUUCAAUUGCAAAUGCAAAUGCAAACGCAUCAUGUCCGCAAUAAAAACUUACGAUUACAA